AUGGCUGACGCUGCCGUGCCGAUGUCUGCUAUGGACGUCACUGUAUGGAUUUCACAGGCGCUUGGUAUUGUGCAGGGUGCGGUGCGUGCACACGAUGCGUCUCAACGUGACUCGUGGGAACGUCUUUCUGUGCUGCUCCACGAAUGCCGCGACUUGAUCGAGUUUGAGCAUGUCGAAAGCACCAUUGCGAAAGAGAUCCCCACAAUCAUGACAUCAGACGAAAAUGACGCGUUCAAUUAUGCGCUUUCGUUAGAAGCUGUCUCUACCUUGCAGCAAGAGCUCGCGCACUGGCGUGGGCUGGCUACGACCGACGAGGACGAUGCGGACAAGACUUGUGUAGACGCUUCUGAUGCAGAGCCUUGGAUGGCUGCGCAAUGGAAAGAGGCUCUUGCCACAUUGAAAGGGCACGCUGACAGCCAGGCACAAGCUCAUGCACAGGCGCUAGCCGACCUGCAAGCGACGCAUGACCGCGAUAUGGAGCAAGUGUACCAGGAACACGCAGAAGAGCUCGAGUCGCUACGGCAAGAACAUGAGACAGACAUUGCUCUCGCCGCCGAUGAGCAUGAGAAAGCCCUAGCUGCUCAAGCGACCCAACACUCUCUGCAGCUGCAAGCGCAGGCUUCUGUGCAUACGGCGCAAAUGCACAAGGCGCACACUGAUAUGACAGCGCUCACAUCCUCUAUGACGCAGCUUUGUGCUGCUAUUGAUACCCUGGACGCUACAGCUGGCACGCAGGCGUCACAUAUUGCCUCGGUUCAGUCGCGCCUAGCCGCGUCCGACGCGUAUAUGCGCCAGAUCGAAACGCAAUGGACGGCCGCCAAAGAGGCGCUAGCGCAAGCGCAUACGGACCUGUCGCAAUGGCAGCACAGGUGGCAGCACUCUGAGAAAGGAUGGAAGCAGACGCAGGCCACGUUAGCGCAGCGUGACGACGAGCUAGGCAAGAAACAAAAACGCCUUGUGGAGAUAGAGCGAGCGUUGGCCGAAGUGCAGAGCGAUAUGGAGCGUACUGUGCAUACGCAGGCGAACGUGGAUGAUCUUCAGCGGCAAGUGCGUGAAAAGGACGAGGAGGCGCACCAACUGCGUGAGCAGCUGCGCAGUAUGGAGCCUCUGCGUGCCGAAAAGUCGCAGCUGGCGAGGGACGUGCACGAGCUGCAAAAGCUGGUCUCGAUGUACAAAGACAGUACUGCGACAGCGCAGCAAGAGCAGGAGCGCACGGCUGAGCAGCUGGACAAGCUGCAAGCACAGCACUUUGCAUUGGAGCAGACGUUGGCGGAGCGUACGGAUCAAAUCCAAGCUUUGAAGGACUCGAAGCGGAAGUACGCGGAGCAGUUGCGUGCCGUGAAAGAAGGGGAGGCACGACGCCAAACCCAGGCUAGCGCUGCUUCCGAUCUUCAGCAGCGCAUGACCGAGCUUGAGAAAGAGCUGCAGGCCAAGGCGGUGGAGAUUGAGGAAGCGGAUACGCGUCUUCUCACGGUGAUGAAGGAGAACAAGCGACUGGCGUCGCAACUCAAAGCGUUGCGUGCCGAAUCAAAGCGUGCGCUCCAAGAUGUGACCAAUGCCGUGCCGAAACUCUCGCCGACGAAAGAGCGCGUCGCACGUAGGAACCCUGUAUCUUAG